AUGUCGUCUUCCAACAAUGAUUAUAAUGAUGGUAACAACAAUGGAGUAUACCCUCUCUCACUUUACCUUUCUUCACUCUCUGGCCAUCAAGACAUCAUCCGGAAUCCUUACAAUCAACAGUUAACAGCGUCUCCGGGACAAAUGGUAACAGCAGUUCCUGAGUCUUUGAUGGAUUACAUGGCCUUUAACUCAAACAAUAAUGCUGUGAAUCAGCAAGGUUUCGAGCUUCCUGAGGUGUCGAGAGAAAUCAAGAAGGUAGUCAAGAAGGACCGUCACAGCAAGAUUCACACGGCACAAGGUCUUAGAGACAGGAGGGUAAGGCUUUCUAUUGGUGUUGCUCGCCAAUUCUUUGAUCUCCAGGAUAUGUUGGGGUUUGAUAAAGCAAGCAAAACGUUAGACUGGCUGCUCAAAAAAUCGAAAAAAGCCAUCAAAGAGGUUGUACAAGAAAAAAGACUCAACAAUGAUAAUGAUCAAGAUUCUGGAGACAACGGAGGUGAUGUAGAAGAAGAGAUGGAGGAGGAGGAGGAUGGCGAUAAGAGCUUCGUGUAUGGUUCGAGCCCCGAGUCUUGUGGGGAAAAAUUGGUAUGUGAGGUCAAGAAGGCAGAUAAGAGAAAGAAGAAGGAUGAGUUGAGGAACAUCUCAUCAAAGGGAUCAAGGGCUAACACUAGAGGAAAAGCAAAAGAGGUAACAAGAGAGAUGGCAUAUGAUCAUCUAGAAACCAUAUCAGAUAUCACACAAUCUGAAACCAUGGACUCAUUCAAGAGGUCUUUAUUCUCUAACGAAGGAGAAGACAUGACACAUUCUUUCUACAAGGAAACAAUUGGAGAGUUUUAUAAUCAAGAAUCUAUCUUAACCAAGAUGAAGAUCAAUAUGCCGACGAAUAUGGAUCAAAGUUACAAUCAACAUACUGGAGCUUUUAUGUUGACAGAUCAAGGUUCUAGCAGCAACUAUAAUACCAUUGAUCUGCCUCUUUUGGAUUAUAAUUAUGAGCAAAACCCUUUUGUUGACCAAACCUUUUGUGCAAUCACCGACACAAACUUCCCUGGAGGUACAGUUAGGAGUUCAAAAUUCUUUUUCUUGCCCAAAUUAUGA